GCAAGCAAGGGAAACGAAAAAAAUCCAAAUCCUCCAAACGACGAUCGAACACCUCUCAACCUCUCCUCAACGAUAAGAGAAUCCCCACAACACCCAUUCAAUAAAUCUUCACGUCCACAAAAGCCUAUCGGAGUUUCUCCACCUCUUUCUCCGUCUAACUCCUCAGCACCGGAAGAAAUAAUAAAAUAGAUAAAAAAGCAGAGAAAAACAGAGGAGAGAAGAGGAAAACAGAACAACUCAGUUGACCUCACUUCUCUGCUUUGUUUCUAGUUUCGUCUCUCACCCUCUGUAGCCAUGGCUUCCACAGCAUCGCCCACUUCACUCUCUCUUAUUCCCUCUUCCUCCUCCUCUUCCACCUCCCGCAGCCGCUCCUCAGUCCAAGUGGCAGCAGCCAUGUCAUCUCCCAGGCUCCAUUCUGCUGGCCUCCGUGCACCACUCCGCCGGCUCGGGUUCUCUGCAGUGGACCCGCUGCUGUCUCUCCAUGUUGCGGCCAAGGUUCGAGCUGUUAAUGGGAAGGGUGUUAGAGGGGUUGUGUCGAUGGCCAAGAAGAGCGUUGGAGAUCUCACCGCUGCGGAUUUGAAGGGGAAGAAGGUUUUCGUCAGGGCUGAUUUGAAUGUUCCCUUGGAUGGUAACCAGAACAUUACUGAUGAUACCAGGGUUCGAGCUGCUGUCCCGACGAUCAAGCAUUUGAUCGGAAAUGGGGCAAAAGUAAUUCUUUCCAGCCAUUUGGGGCGGCCAAAAGGUGUAACUCCAAAAUACAGCUUGAAGCCUCUAGUGCCUAGGCUAUCUGAACUCCUUGGAGUGACGGUUGUGAAGGCUGAGGACUGUAUUGGACCAGAAGUUGAGAAGCAAGUGGCUGCACUCCCUGAAGGUGGUGUUCUUCUUCUUGAGAAUGUGAGAUUUUACAAGGAAGAGGAGAAGAAUGAUCCUGAGUUUGCAAAGAAGCUUGCCUCCCUAGCAGACCUCUAUGUGAAUGACGCAUUUGGAACUGCACACAGAGCCCAUGCCUCAACAGAGGGAGUCACCAAGUUCUUGAAGCCUUCUGUUGCUGGCUUCCUUUUGCAGAAGGAGCUCGACUAUCUUGUUGGGGCAGUUUCAAACCCCAAAAGGCCAUUUGCUGCCAUUGUGGGAGGCUCAAAGGUCUCAUCCAAAAUUGGAGUGAUUGAAUCGCUACUAGAGAAGUGUGAUAUUCUCCUUCUGGGUGGAGGUAUGAUCUUCACAUUCUACAAGGCCCAAGGCCUGUCAGUUGGUUCAUCCUUGGUGGAGGAAGACAAGCUUGACCUUGCAACAUCACUCCUUGAGAAGGCUAAGUCAAAGGGGGUGUCUCUUUUGUUGCCAUCUGAUGUGGUUGUUGCAGACAAGUUUGCUCCUGAUGCAAACAGCAAGAUUGUGCCAGCAUCUGCCAUCCCAGAUGGGUGGAUGGGGUUGGAUAUUGGACCUGAUUCUAUUAAGACAUUCAAUGAAGCGUUGGACACUACCAAAACCAUUAUAUGGAAUGGACCCAUGGGAGUGUUUGAGUUUGACAAGUUUGCAGUUGGAACAGAGGCAGUAGCAAAGAAGCUAGCAGAUCUCAGUGGAAAGGGUGUAACAACAAUCAUCGGAGGUGGAGAUUCAGUUGCAGCUGUUGAGAAAGUAGGUGUUGCAAGUGUAAUGAGCCACAUUUCAACAGGUGGUGGUGCUAGUUUGGAGUUGUUGGAAGGCAAAGAGCUCCCUGGAGUUCUUGCUCUUGAUGAAGCCGUAGCUGUUGCAGUUUGAGGCAAGUUUUAUCCAUGUUUUUUCAUCCUGUCUCCAUGUUAGUAACUGCUUAGGUUUGCAGAACAGAUGUGGAAUGUGGUAGGAGAAAACACAUAAAGAGUUCCUGUUGUAGAUGUUCGGCAAUGCCUUUCAAUAAAAGUGAUCCUUCAACAUCGUUUUUUCUUCUGAUA